AUGCUCAAGAACCUGAUGGGACUGUUCUCGAAAGCUUCCUCAUCGGCAUCGGCCGGCGCCAGCAGCAGUGCCCCACCGACUUACGUCUACAAGCUCGUCACGCAUCCGACCGUGAACCAACGCUAUGCAUUCCCGAUCCCAAUUCCAGCUUCUCACGAGUUUGCUAUCUCUGAAUUGGAUGCCAAGGCAAGUGGUGUGAUUACUAACAUCAAAUGGAUCUGCAAGAGCGAUAGGCUGACGCCGUCAACGACGUCAUCGCUCCGCUCAUGGGUUGUAUUCUGCGAUACAGGACGGCUUCAUCCAUCUUUCAACGGCCAACCAAGUUCAAGGCACCUUGGAAAGGUUCUUUCCUCAAGAUCAGAUCGUGACAUUGCUCAAAGUUGACUUUGGGAGAUUGGCCGGGUUCAAGGUUGUCAAAUGGGAGAAGUCGUCGAAUGGCCAAGGUAAGUUUUACCUUCAAAAACUUGUUUAUCCUUCGAUGUAAAGUCCUUGGGAUUGGACUGAUAUUAUCACCUUGGCUCCCGACAGAGUACCCGCAUUUGUAUGCGGUCAACCUCGAAGGCGAAUACAUCGACAGCUUCCGGGAGUUGGCGCGCGGCGAUGAGGGGCGACAGCCCUGGGCUGAGGUGAUCGAGAAGGCGCGACGGGAAGGCUGGCUACAGCAUUGA